ACAUUGUUUGAGAGAAGGAUGAGUUGCCUUUCAUUGUUAGGACUCAUCUGUCUCAUUUCUCUCACAUGGGCAGCAGCUGGGCUUUAUUCAAAUGAUUACUUGCUGAUGGUUGCCUUACAAGGAGACAGUGUUGCUUUGCCAUGUGGUAUACCCUCCAUUGCAUCCUGCUCUUCAAUUAACUGGAACAGUGGUGGAAGUUUUGCAUCAGUUACUGAGGUGGUGAAGGCUGGAAGUGUGAUCAGCCAGAGAUAUGGGCUGCUGAGGGACUGCUCUCUGGAGAUUGCUCACCUGAAGCUCAACGAUGCCCGACUUUAUUCCUGUGAUAAUGGAACACACAAUUCAAGUGUUUCACUUCAGUUUCUUGAAGUUACCGAAGGCCGAACUUCCGCAGAGGACACGAUGGAGCUUCAGUGUUUCCUCAAUAUGUUUAUAGGGUAUGUGGCCUGCGACAACAGCACUGGGAUACGUAUCGAGUGGAGAAAUGAGGAUGGCACACCAAUAAAAGGAAACAGGUUUACAUAUGAAAAUCCAUCUGCCUGCUUUUCUAAACUGUUCAUGAAGAAAAAACUGACAGACCACCACAGGAAAUGGAAAUGCCAACUAAGUCAGAGUGGUGUGAUCAAAGCCACCAUCAGCUACACGACAGCAGUAAAAGAUGGUAUCGAGGAAGUUUUCGCUGCAGUAGGUGAGUCAGUGUCACUCAAAUGUAGCAACACUUCCUCUAUUGGUUUGGGAGGCCGCACACAGUGGGUGAUGUGUGAAAAGCAGCAGUCACAUGACAUCCCCCCUGAUAACCUCCAAGCCAAAGUGAAAAAAGACUCAUCGCUGGUUAUCAGUGAAGUCAGUGAUGCACAUGCUGGAGACUACCUGUGUUCGGAGUCUACCGGUCAGCAGGGGGCGCUCAGCAGAUACAGGCUGCACACCCUUGAUGUUACUGCAGAGUCUGGAACAGGAGGAGAUAAUCUCACCUUGACUUGUGUGCUCACCUGCGCUACAGAAUGCGAAAAAGACUUCAGUUUAAGCUUUUCUGGGGCUGUCCAAAUAGGCUGGCAGAGCGGGUUAAUGAAUGUCAACAACACCUUUAUAAAGAAGCUGUUUCUCUCAGAUUGGUCACAUGAAAUAAGCUGCUCUGUGCAUCGAGAGGGAGCUCUGAUGGCAUCCAAAAAGUGGCGCUCCGUUAGCCCUCUGCAAACCCCUGCAUGGAUAGUCCUCCCUCUAGGCCUCCUGAUGUGCGCAGCUGCUGCAGGACUCUACACGUACACGAAGAGGAAGCACAACACGGAUGCAGUAAAUGACCAGUCAAGUAUCGAAAUGACUCAUGUUUAUGAAGUCAUCCAGGAUGAGGAGCUACAACAGCAAAGACACUUUAAAAGAGAAGCAGCCACUACGACUGACAGUUUCUAUGAUUUAUUACAGGCUGUAAACUACAGUGAAACAACAUCAAGUGCUUUGCAUUCGAGUUUAUAA